UAACGGUCUGUGUAGUUCAAAUUGUGAUAUUUGUUGCCAACUGGAGGAUUUUCAGCUGGUGAAACCACCGCCUUCUCCAUUGCCUCUUUUCACUCUUAUACAUGGCUGUUUGUACGCUCAUUGAUUUCGUGACUAGUACUCUGGCAUCCCACUUAUGGAAUCCUGUGAUUACACGCAUGAGAUAUUUAUUAGAAAAGGAAGAGAAUAUUGGCAAGCUGGACAGCACAAUAAAGAAUCUAGAAGCCAGGAAACAGGAAAUCCAAAUUCGUCUUAUGAACUCUGAAAGGAAGCAAGAAACAUGUAAUCCUGAAGUCGUAGAAUGGCUAGAAAAGGUGGCAGCAAUAGAAAGUGAAGUGAUUGAGAUGAAACACGGGCACAGGAAGAGAAGGGCACAGUCUUUCAGUUAUUGGUCAGAUUAUGAAACUGGUAUGCAGGCCGCCAAGAAACUCAAGGAAGCUGAGAGGUUGCAUGAAAAGGGAUCGUUCAAACAAGUUUCCAUUGAGAUUCCGCCAUGUUUUGUGCAAGAAAUGCCCACUGUACAUCCAACACAAGGAACAGACUGUAACUUGACCAGAGUUCUCCAGUACCUGAAGGAUGACAGAGUUGGAAUUGUUGGGUUAUGGGGAAUGGGAGGAGUUGGUAAGACCACUUUGCUCAGGAAAAUCAACAAUCAUUUCUUGGAUGUAAUCGAAGAAGCCUAUGGAUAUGACCUUGUUAUUUAUGCUAUAGCCUCCAAGGCGUGUGGAAUAGGGCAGCUUCAAGCAGACAUAUCUGAAAAGAUUGGACUCUUCCAGAAGCCAGGUUCUAGCAUUGAAACUCGGGCAUCAAUCAUGUUAAGUUUCUUGAGGCGGAAGAAGUUCUUGCUCCUGCUAGAUGAUUUAUGGAAUUAUUUGGAUCUAGCAGAAGUCGGUAUUCCAUAUCCUAAUGGCCUGAAUAAACAGAAGGUAGUUCUGGCAACACGUUACGAGAGUGUUUGUGGACAUAUGGAAGCUCACCGUGUGGUCUUUCUGGAAUGCUUGGACCCAGAGAAAGCUUGGAACUUGUUCAAAGAAAAAGCAAAAGAAGGAGUCAUUAAUUCAGAUCCUAGGAUUGAAAAGUUAGCAUAUGAAGUUGCAGAAGAAUGUGGUGGCUUGCCCCUUGCUCUUGUAACUAUUGGCCGUGCAAUGUCUACAAAGAAAACUUGUCAUGAGUGGGCACUUGCUUUGUCAUUUCUGAAGAAGUCUCGCAUUCAUGAGAUCCCAAAUAUGGGGAAUGUUAGCAACAUAUACACUAGGCUAAAGAUAAGUUACGAUUAUCUGCAGGAUAAACAGAUCAAAGAAUGCUUCUUAUGUUGUUCUUUGUGGCCCGAAGAUUACUCAAUUUGGAAAGUUGAACUCAUAGACUGUUGGAUAGGGAUGGGUUUGAUAGAGUAUGAUACUAUGGAGGAAGCAUACGACAAAGGUUACUCCAUUAUUGAAUACUUGAAGAAUGCAUGCUUAUUGGAGACCAGUUACCUAGAAGAUGAGGUGAGAGUGCAUGACAUCAUCAGAGACAUGUCACUUUGGAUAUCUUCUGAUUGCACUGAAGGGCACAUGAAAUGCACUGUUCAAGCAGGGGUAGGACUUCAUAACAUUUCUAACAGGGACAUCGAAACAUUUAGGUCAGCCAGCAAGAUAUCACUCAUGUGCAAUUAUAUCACUCAAUUUCCUCAGGCCAUGAACUGUCCAAACCUGCAAUUUCUUUCACUACAGCAAAACUUUCGGCUGAAGGUGAUGCCACCUUCUUUUUUAAAGAGCAUUUUAUCUGUGACCUACUUGGAUUUUUCUUGGGUUCCCAUCAGGGAACUUCCAGAAGAGAUUGGCACACUGGUUGAACUCCAGUAUCUCAAACUAAUGCAAACACACAUUAAACUAUUGCCUAGAGCUAUUGGGAAACUAAGAAAGCUGAGGUUCUUGGACUUGAGCUAUAUGGAUUUCUUGGAGAAGAUACCUUAUGGUGUUCUUACAAAUUUGUCAAUGCUAAAAGUGUUAAACCUAUAUGGUAGCAGGUAUGCUGGCCACGAAGCAGAUUUAGAUUCAGGAAACCACAUGGAUUAUGAUGAGUUCAGAAUCGAAGAGUUAUCUUUCUUAACUAGAGAACUAAAAUCUCUAGGAAUAACAACAAAGAAAGUGACUACCCUGCAGAGACUUUUUGACAUACCUGGAAUCCACUUGAGAUGUCUUGGUUUAUAUGAAUUGGAUGGGGAGAGGUCUCUUACUCUCACUUUACCAGAAAGUAUCUUUGUUCUGAAUGUAAUGGGCUGUUUUGAUUUAAAGGACUUCGGUAUUACUAACAAGCCACAGUGUUAUGGAGAACGUCUUCCCCGGCUGGAGUUUCUCACUUUUUGGGAUCUUCCUGGACUUGAGAAGAUUAGUUUGGAUCAUCUUCAGAACCUUCGUGUCCUUACAGUGGGAAGAACUAAUCACCUGGUAGAUCUAUCCUGCAUUUUAAAUCUACCAUAUCUGGAGCAUUUGAAUGUGUCUUGCUGUGAUAACAUGAGGCAGCUAGUUGACAUACAUAAUUCUAUUGAUCCAGAAGUGCGAUAUGAAAUACCAGUGCAUGAAUUUCGUCAACUGAAAAUUUUGCAAUUAAAUUCAUUGCAAAGCUUGGAAAAAAUAUGUAAUUCUAAAUUGGACUUUCCUUCUUUGGAAUACAUUGAUAUAUUUGCUUGCCCGAAGAUGAAGAAACUGUAUUUUGGGAAAAUGGCUGAACUGAAGAGGAUCAGAGGGGAGAAAACAUGGUGGGAUAAUAUUGAGUGGGAUAAUGAAAGCAGUUCCUUGUCACUGUUUCCAUUUUUUAAAGCAUCAGAAACUUGUUCAGCAUCAUUAAGGCCAGAGUUAGAUACUACUCUGAUAUCCUCUUCACCAAAAGCUUUCUUCACCAAGAGGCAGCCCAUAUUGAAUUCAUCAGUACGGUUCACAUCUUAUCCUCAUGCAAUUUUUGAAACAGAGGAAUUUGAAGGGCGUUAGAAGAUGGAAUAGUUUCACCAAUAUCAUAUCAAUACUUCUCCAGAAGAACAUAUUGACUUUCUUUAGCUGUUCAGGAUCACAAGGUCUUGUUUGAAUAAGCUGGCUGUUCACUGGAUCCAUCGUGAUUGUUCAUGAAUCAUGACUUCCUGACUGAACAGGUAGGAUCUUGAAGAUCUCAGAUGUCUAGCCACAGCUCUUUGGCUCUCUGGACCGCGACGCAAACACCUGGAGUAAGAAGAUGGCGGUGCUAAGCCCAGCAUCUCCUCUGGACCUGAGCUGUUGGUCGCCGAUCCCAGGAUCCACUCCGCUGAAGAGGCUGAAACAGGUUGCGUGCGCUGAUGAUACGGCUCCCUGAUAUCUGAAGAUCUGAGCUAGGAUUGGCGUUUUAAGCUGUGAUGUAAUAAAAUUCGUUACUGAAACUUAAUGUUCUAGAUCCUCUAGGCUAGCUAGAGUUACUUUCAGUUGAACUUGGUGACAGUAAGACUACUCUGUUCUGUUUCGGUUUCAUUUUGAUGGAACCGGGGUGAACCCCUGUUGAUCUAAAGAAACAGGUAGGAUGCUUGAUCAGGACAAGCACUGCCAGAACCUAGAAAGCAACUGGGGAAGUGGAAAUUUGGGAACCUAGUAACUUUCAUUAGCUGCUCAUGGAUGUUUUUUGACACUACGCCAUUAUUCACUGGCUGGUCAAUCAAUUCUAUCAGUACAGGAUA